AUGUUAGAAUUCGACGAAGAAAUUAUCUUAAAUAAAAUUAAAGUUCCGUUUCCUCCCAAUAUCACCCCCAAAGAAGUAAUUACUCUUAAACAUGGAAAAAUUCCGACAAAAUCCCCAAAUUGUUUUAUCAUUUAUCGUCGCGCAUUUCAAAAAGAGCUUCGUGCCAGUGGACAUCUUCUUAAAUUAAAUAAGGUUUCCGUUAUUGCUUCCCGUGCAUGGGAAAAAGAGUCGGCCGAAGUAAAAAAAGGUUAUAAAGAAAUAGCACGACAAGUCAAUUAUAUUCUUGUCGAGAUGAGAGCGAGUGCAUUAAGAGAAAAGAAACGAUUAGAAAAAGAGAACUCAAUCAGACAGCAGCAGCAACGACAAAUUAGUUUAAAUGAACCUAAUAAUCUUAUGCCCUUUAAAUUAACGUCAAUGUCAGAUUUUGAUGGUGACGUUCCUAUCAUAGAUAAUACUUUGCAAUCACAAUCUCAUUUAUCACCCUCUUCAAACUUUACUAAUUUAUCAUCAUCGUCACCACCACGAACAAAAUCAAAUUUUGACUUGUAUUAUAAUUAUAAUAAUGACGAUGGUUUGCUACCACCAUCAGAAAUGAGUAAUUAUUUGAUUAAUCAAAUGGAGAACAAUUUUGAUAAUAUUGAGCAUAUGAAUAAUCAACAAUAUAAUUUCUUUGAAGAUAUCACGAACGAGAAGAAAUUCGAUAUUCAAACUAACAAUAAAUUUAAUUAUGAAAAUGUGUUCGAGCAAUUAUUAUUAGACACGCAAACUUAUGGACAAUGUUAA